GGGAGCGUGGCGACGGAGACGGAGACCCAGAGCUCGUGCUGAGGGCGGGCGACUGCCUCCCAGCGCACGGUCGCUCUGAAACGAGAGACAGCGAUGGAUUCACGGCCAGGCAGGCGGCGCAGGAGACACACACAAGGCGAGGCGGCACUCAAAGACAGUCAAAAUCAGAAGCUCACAAACCACCAACGGCCCUCCGCUCGCAAACACAGGCACAGGCCGCAGUCAACUUCGGCUCUGGAGCGUGUCGAGCGGCUGGAGCUGGACGAGGAGCGUCAGACGCAGAGCAGGGCCACAGUCAAGGCCAGCAGUCGAGAGAGUUCUAUAUCACGAGAUAGGAUACGAGGUAAGGAAUCGUCAGUCCCUGUCUCGUUGUUCUGAUGACUGGGGAUGGAGCUGUUGAGAUGCGUUGUCCCUGUCUAGGACCUGCAUACCGCAGACGUCACUGCAGCCUGCCCGAGUUACGCACUG